ACGGGAGAGACGGCGGCGGUGGCGGCGCCGCCCUCCGGAGAGAGCGCCGGGGAGAGGCUGGUGUGAAGAGCCGCAUUUCAAUGAGGGCCGGGCUAAUGCAAAUCACUGCAAUCGGCAGCAGCAGCAGAAGAAAGGCGAAGCAGCUGCAGCCCGGGCUCCCCAGCAGCGCGCUCCAGCCAGGGGAGGCGUAACAAAGGCAGCGGAGCCGCUGUCUGCGGCAGCUACCGCGCUUAAAGCCGGGUGGUCGCCGGAGCCGGGGGGGGGGGGGCGGGCGGGAGCUGCCCCCUCUUUGGCCGCUUCCCGUUUUCGAGCCGCCGUUUUCCCUCCGCGCCCCGCCGGCCGGUCUGAGGGGGAAGGUGCUCGCCGGGCUGCGGGGAACAGGUUGAACUUCAAGAUGUCCUUUGGGAGAGAUAUGGAGCUGGAGCAUUUUGACGAGCGUGAUAAAGCACAGCGAUAUGGCAGAGGGUCCCGGGUAAACGGUUUGCCCAGCCCUACCCACAGUGCUCACUGCAGCUUUUACCGAACCCGUACUCUACAGACCCUGAGUUCUGAGAAAAAAGCCAAGAAAGUUCGUUUCUAUCGUAAUGGAGACCGGUAUUUCAAAGGGAUUGUAUAUGCCAUCUCCCCUGACCGGUUUAGGUCCUUUGAGGCUCUCCUGGCUGAUCUGACCCGAACUCUGUCUGACAAUGUGAAUCUGCCCCAGGGAGUGAGAACAAUCUACACGAUUGAUGGCUCCAAGAAGAUUUCCUCAUUGGACCAGCUAGUAGAAGGGGAAAGCUAUGUAUGUGGUUCCAUAGAACCCUUCAAGAAACUGGAGUACACGAAGAAUGUAAACCCAAACUGGUCAGUGAAUGUUAAGACAACUUCGGCUUCUCGUUCAGUGCCAUCUCUUGCCACUGCUAAAGGAGGUACUCCAGAUGCAAAGGAGAAUAAGGAUUUCAUUAGGCCUAAACUAGUCACUAUCAUCAGAAGCGGAGUGAAACCACGGAAAGCAGUCCGGAUUCUGCUCAACAAGAAGACAGCACAUUCAUUUGAACAGGUUCUUACUGAUAUAACUGAUGCCAUCAAGCUGGAUUCAGGGGUGGUUAAACGCUUAUACACACUAGAUGGAAAACAGGUGAUGUGCCUUCAGGAUUUCUUUGGCGAUGAUGACAUUUUUAUUGCAUGUGGACCAGAAAAGUUCCGUUACCAGGAUGAUUUCUUGCUGGAUGAAAGUGAAUGUCGGGUGGUGAAAUCCACUUCCUAUACCAAAAUAGCUUCGACUUCACGUAGGAGCACCACCAAGAGCCCGGGCCCAUCCCGACGCAGCAAGUCUCCUGCUUCUACUAGCUCAGUGAAUGGAACCCCUGGUAGCCAGCUUUCUACUCCCCGCUCUGGGAAGUCUCCAAGCCCAUCUCCCACCAGCCCAGGAAGCCUACGGAAACAGAGGGACCUGUAUCGCCCACUCUCUUCGGAUGAUAUGGAUUCAGUAGGAGACUCAGUGUAAAAGAGAAAAUGGAACAAUGUUUAUGGUUUGUGAUUUGGUGAAGGUUUAACAUUUUUAAAGAGAAUAGCUGCUAAUUUACAGUAAUAGUGAAUCACACAAAAGAGUUUUGCAUAUUUAAUAUUGAAAACAUGGGGCCAAAUUAAUUCUAGGUUGGAGGGGUAUUUUUGGCUUUGCCACUGCAUUUUAAUGCAAGAAUUUGUAAUGAGCGGGCCAUUGAAUAUGUCCAUCAAAUAGAAAACAGCAUUGUGCACACUUUAAGGAACGAAGAUUGGGUUAGGUGAAUAUAACGCACAAAUCCAUAGUGGGCACGUUUAUGAAUAGCACUCUUUUUAUCAUCUAAGGUGCUGAUUAUAUGUUCUGUUUUUACCAUAGGUAUCUUUAUUCAUUUUGGUAUGAACAGUUAAUGAAUACUUUGCUUUUGCCAAUGAAUAGGUGAAAUGCAGAAAAGAAAAAGCCUGCCCCAUUAAACUGCUUGCAGCAUGCUGUCUGAUCCCAACAUGCACAUUCUGAACACUCUAAAUUUAGUCUUUUUAUCUAAAUGAAAAGAAAAUGAAGAAAUCCCAUGCAGUCACAGGACAAAAAGUAAAUUCUUUCAAAGCAGUGUUCAAGUUCUGUUCAGUGCAUUACCAUCUGAUGACUGUAAACAGAAGGGUAUUCACAGGCAACGUGAAUGUUUUACCUGGCAAGAGCUGUUAAUACUGAUCAUCCGUGUGUUGCAAGUAAAUAUGGACAGAUUUCUAACAAAGGAAAAAUGGGGGCCUGCUGGCUAGCAGUGUCAUCUGACACACAUAUGAUGACACCUUUUGGAAAAACACAUUUUGCCUGAGAAACUAGUGAUUAUUUUCACUUAUGGUAAGGACAGGAGCAUCAUUUUUUAUUUGCUGUAACAAGACAUUUUAUGCAUUUUAAAAUGAAAGCCUGCAAAAAUUGUAGAACUGUAAAUCAUCCUUCUAUUGACCUAAUUUCUCUGUUUUCGUAAUUUCUAGAGGUGAUCGUUUUGUACAGCAUGAAUAUGCAAAACUCCUUUAGUGUUAAAGUAGGUCACGCAUUAUAACCAGUUGCUUAACAAAUAGCUACUAAUUUUAUUUGUUUUCUGCUGCUUUGUUGUGAGAAUCUUAGUCUAAUUUACAUAAUAGCAAUAUUUCUCAUCGUAUGUUGCAUAUUGCUUUAAAAUUUAUCUGCUGUAUUUAAGCCCGUAAUGUAGUGAGCACACGCUUUUACAGUCUUAUACCUUUCCUUUCAGUAUCCCAUACACUAAUGAUUUAAGAAUUAAAAAUCGGUGCGAUUCUGAUCUUCAACAAAAAUCUGUGGAGAUUAUAUUUUUGAGUAAUGAUUGAAUAUAUUCUGAAAACAGGAGAUUUUACUUAAUAGCAGAAAAUGUUCAGCUGCCACAUACCAACUUUUAAAUGUAGCGAAAUAAUUCCUUCACACUGAUCUGUCCAUAAUAAAAUUCAGCACCUGGAAAAGGUUGGCAUGUGAUGUUACGGCUUCCCUGGAUCAUUAACAUUUUCUUUAUGGAGGAUAUUUGCAAAGAGAACAAAAGGGCAGCAGAAUACAAAACUUACCUUCUCUGUUUUCAAUACUUGGUUCCAGUAUCACCUGGAGAGAAAGUCAUUGAUCUGGCAGGUUUGCUGAAGCAGUUAGGUCGUUCCCCUUUGAAAUACAUGUUUUGCCAUUCUUGCUUCAGACUUCAGAUCUAAAAAUGUUCCCGACAAUAGGAACAGUCCUCCCCCCAUGCCCUGAUCCUAAGGCUGUCCUGUUCUACUGAAAAGGUUUGCAGCUGUGAAGUUACUUGCGUUUUUGCUAGUUAUGGGGGAAUGUCUUUGUAAAAUUCAUUACUUUAUCCCAAGCAAUUUGUAUUACGAAAAGGCGCAUUGGGAUCAGUUUCCAGAAAUUCAGACGACUCCACCAGACUGAACAAAAUACUUACUGGCAUUUUGAAAAGCGUUUUUUCCUGUAAAGAAAAUACAUUCCAGGAAUUUAUUUUUCCUCCCCUCUCCCAUAUCGGCUACUGCUGCUUUAGGCAGUUUAUUAGGAAUGUUUGUUCUGCACAGGGAGCACAGAUCGCCAGCAAACCUGAAUCCCACAGCUUCGCUUAGCUGUGGAAAAGAAAAAUGGACCUUAUAUCAGUAAUUGUUAUCAUAGCAAGUUCUCCAUCAAGACUGUUUCAAAGAAUAUGCUAGUCCAUAACAUUUAAUCAUUUCAACAUAUGACUUGUAUUAAGGGGCUAUUCAGGGGCAAUAUGUAUCAUUAAUAUUUCAUUUAAGGAAGGAAAGUCCCAUAGCGAUUGAAAAGGUACACUGUUUAUAGACUUUGGGAUCCCUUUUGUGUGGAAUGUAAUUCCCAUUAUACAUGAGCAGAAAUGAAAUGUUUCUUUUGAGCAAGACCAGAAGGUUCCAGUUUAUGGGUGAAACUGAAAUUGUGUUUCUUGAUGCUGUAGUUGUGCUUGCGACAGCACAAGUUUUAGUUUGUCCCUAGAUUUCAUCAACUUCAUUAAAUAAGGUAAUAGCUUAAGCAACUUUAUAGUGUUUGAACCUCUUAUAGUUCGCUGUAUGCUGCAUUAUUUGUGCCUACUCUAAGGUGAUUAUGAUGUAGCUGAAGAGUCUUGUAUAGAUUGUAAGUGCUUUGCUUUCUUUUGAGCUUUAUGAGUCCUUGUGAUUAUUUCCCUAAUGCUUUCUGCAACUUUCUGGGGGUUUUCUUAAUCUAUUUUUUCCCUCUCUUAUGCAACAAACCGUUCACAUGUGAAGCACAGAAUGUGUGUGUUUAUAUUUAUACACACAUACACAUACAUAGGUUAAUGGCUUUGAAACCCAUGUACAGUUAUGUCACAUUUGUGGCUUUAAACAAAUACAUGGGGAAAAUAUAUCGAUGGGAGGAUGUUCAUCUGGUGGGGUUCACUAUAGCUCUGUUAAGGUCAGUGAAGCUGCACCAACCUGUACUUGCUGAGCAGCUCCCAUGAGGAAGUCUCUACAAUUUUAAGAGAUCUCAUAUACAAACAAGGGCUAAGUUCUGCUCAGUCUGAAGUUAGUAACAAAACCAUGAUUGACUUCAGGGUGGGAAGGAGAGGACAUUAUGCACAAAGUUAUAUACACAGUCAAAACAUUAAUCAUAAAUUUGAAAUGGUAUUAUUUUGAUGUAUUCAGACUUGUGUCUCCUCUUGAAAUGCACUGCUCUGCAGUGUAUUAAGUUGUUUUGUUGAAAUCAAUAAAAUCUUUACCAUUCAUUAUCCAAUGUGAAAAUUGCUUUUCAAUUUGUAAAAUAAUUCAGUGACAGCACAUUACAUUUCGUUAUUUUUCUCUUUAAACCAUUUUCACAGGGCAUAUAUGGCUGUCAAAUGAAAAUUCUGGGACAUUAAUAUUGUGGCUAUAAAUGUAUAUUAUAAGGAAGGAUACAUAAUGUUAAACAGCCUUGAAGAACAUGUGGGUUGAGAUUGUGUGGCAUAACAAUUGAAAUAAAUAACAGUGUUUGAUUUUACAGUUUCAUACUUCACACUGCAGUGUGAACUUUAUGUAUUGCAGUAUGUUACAAAAAAUGUCCUCCAACUCUGUUAAAGUGAAUUAAGAGUAAUACGGAAAAGAACCUCUGAUCAACCCAAGUUUACUGGUUUGUCAGAAACAGUAGAGAAAUGAACAAAGAGAAAAUCUUUGUGGUGCUAAAUUACCUCGUCACUUGAUGAAAACUUAGAUUAAUGUUGUCUGUGCUUUUUCUUGUAUCCAGUUAAUGGCAUACAACUGAAUACAAGAUUGUUCUUAAUUUCAUCUUCACUUUCAGUUUAUCUGUUAGUGAUGGGAUGAGAACUUGUAACUGUGAGUGAUCAGCGAAAAAUAACCUUACAGCAUGCAGCCAGCCGUAGCUUUGCAUGCAGAGCAAAGCAAGCAAGUGGGGGUCACACUCUUUGGAAACGGGUGUGCUACCCCCCAGGAAGCGCCUCCCUUCGGAGAGCAGGGCUUGCCGAGCAGAGCAGAGGCUAGUCUGAGCUGUAUUUGCUGUUGCACCGCCUUUCGACUGGCUUGGUUUGCUUCUUUGCCCUUGCACCUGAUCUCGGACUGGCUGAGCGCCCUCUCUCCCCGCGGGAAGCGGGGGUGUGCAGAUCCGCGUGUUGUGUGCGCACACGCCAGCGGAGGGAGGGACACACACACGGUGCGCACAUCCACGCUGCCUGCAUUUUAGUGUCUCUGGCUGCGCAUGCUGAUCGUGUUCAAAUUUGCUUAAGUCAACCCUCAGCAGUGAAGUAUGAAAAAAGCUGUACUGCAUUCGGUGUGUACUUGUUGUCUGAUGUUAGAUGAGGUAAUUAGCUUGUGGUUUGCCCUGCAAUACAGUGUUUUGGAAUUUGGGCUCUAGUGAAAGAGGAGCUAACAAUGUUUGUGCUAAGGCCUCUUCGUUUUGUUAGUUGCACUAUGAUAUUGUAAAUACUGGCACAUUUACAACAUAAGUUUAAGAUUUUACAAAGUUAUGCGUACAAUUAUUUUUUUUAAAGAAAAGCUCUUGGAUAUUUGCUUUUUAAAAUAUACCAUUUUUCUAUUGGUGUGAUGCAAGAAACCAAAAAUAAAGCUGUUGAUUUAUCAACAAAAAAUGUAAAACUUGCAAAAAUAAAUGCCAAUGAAUGUUUUUUUCAUAUAGUCAACUGAAGAAAACCACCUUCGUUUUUGUGCCAUUGUUUCAUCAUACUGUGUUGUGUUUCAUAUUUGACCAUGUCAUCCUGGUUGCAAUUUGUUGUUUUGCUAGAUUUAACAUUACUGUCGAAUAUUGUAAGUGAUGUAAUAAAUAUAUUUUAAAAAUGCA